CCAGGCAAUCGUCGCUGGAAAUCCCGAGAUAAAAUUUCGUUUUCGAUACGGUCCUGAUUGUCAGACGAAUACGCAAAUCAGUGAUCUACGGUGCGUGAUCCGCGAGCGUCCGCGAUUUUUAAAUCUUUAACGGGAAAACGCGACGAGUUUUCGGAAUUUCGUCUGUAAGGUGUCGUCACGCUGGCAUUUAAAAAAAUAUUUUUCGAGUACCAAUGUCGUCACGGCUCGGAUUGUUCGGCAUCGCACUGGGACAUUGUACCAAAGAUGCGUCAGGAAAACUGAUCGAAGAGGAAUCCAAGAGUGACAGUGGAUUUAUAUCGAGCGGAAGUAUUAUAGUGUCUGGAGAAAUAUCGGGAGAACUGCAGCCCGAGACGAGCCACGGCAAAACGACGUCGACGUACGCAGAUUCCGGAGUAAUUGACGAUAACGACACGAAAGACGCAGCCCACAUGCGUGUGGACAGCGGCGUGUAUCUCACCCUCAGCGAAAAUAUUUCGAAUUUAAGCUUGAAAUCCCACGGCUUGAACGACCUCAACAAUCCCAAAGAAACAACCGCUGUCAGUAAGGAAUAUCUGCACGAUAUCCCCUGGAAAAUUUACUACGAGCAAGACGAGGACGGCGAUACGCAUCUGCACACCGCCGUCGUGCAGGGUUUCGUGGAGGUCGCACAGGCGCUGAUCCGGAUAGCGCCCCAUUCCCGUCUUCUCGACACCCCCAACGACGACGCCCAGACCCCGUUACACCUCGCGGUGGUGACGUCCCAAUGGCCGGUGGUGAGGUGGCUCAUAGUGGCGGGGGCGCGGCCCGGGCCCCGCGACAUCAACGGCGACUCUCCCCUCCACAUAGCGGCCCGACUCGGCGACCUUGACUGCGUCAAGGCCAUCACUAACCCCGUGCAGCCGCAAGAGAGGGAAGCCCUCGCGUUAGGCUACCCCCCACACCGUUACGAGAAGUGCAGCUUGAACCAGUGGAAUUAUUCUGGUCAGACUUGUGUCCACGUGGCAGCUAUACACGGCCACAUCGACGUCCUCCGGCACCUGGUGUGGUACGGGGCCGACAUAAAUGCGCGCGAAGGUCUCUCUGGUUACACCGCCCUCCAUUACGCAGUGGAGAGGCGCGACGAGAAAAUGGUGCAGUUUCUGUUGACCGAAUGCAACACCUUGAGACCGGAAACCGUCUCGUACGGCAAUAGGAACGCGCUCCAGAUGAAAAUAUUGAUCCCGGGCAAAAUAGGUCGUUUGUUGAGCGGUAAAGGUCUCGCGUCCCCCUACAUGUCUUCCGAUGAGGAAGACAGCGGCAGCGAAGACGACGAAGAGAUGGAAUUCAAUACGAUGCAUCGGUUGGGACCAAACUUGGUCAACGCGAGCGCUUGACGUGCUCCAAGGCGUGACGUCAGCCGCUCGAUGGGAUGCGCCGAAAAUGAGGGGCGAACUAUGGUCCCUGUGGGAAUGAACCCACUUUAAGCUGUAAAUUAAAACGAUCCGCCUUAUUUGUUAGCACCAUUUCUCUACAUAUGAUGGAAGUUUAAUGUUAACUUGUAAAUAAUUGUAAAUAUAAUUAAAUUGUGAAUAAAGAACGCCGUUAUUGGGAGUUGACGGGGGAAGUGUUUUUCUUUUUUGGGACAUCAAAAUUUUCAUCAUAUGUAGUAGAGAUAUUGACGUUUCUUCGUGAAUUCAAUCACGACCUUUUGUUGUAUACAGAGGUAUGGUCACAUAUUUAUUGUCGCCUUGUUCCCAUUUAAAUUAAUUUUUGUACAUAAUCAUUUUAUUUCAUUUUAGUUUUGAAUAUUCAAUAUAGAGAUUAAACAAAUGCUGGCAU